AUGAUUAUGUUAACACACUUAAAGUUUGGAGUUUUAUUCCUUGCUCUCGGAGUAUUAUUAUCAUGCGAUUUGGUUUCGUCUCAAUGGACAAAAAGAUUGAAUCAUAGAGAUGUUUCAAGACGUCAAAUUACAGUUACUCAACCGAAUCUUUGUGAUAGCGGUAUACAGUAUUCAGGAUACGUUGAAGUUAGUAGCAACAAACAUUUAUUUUUUUGGUUUUUCGAAUCAAGAGGCAAUCCUGCCCAAGAUCCGCUCGUUCUUUGGCUUAACGGUGGCCCGGGAUGUUCUUCUAUAAAUUCAUUAUACUAUGAAGUGGGUCCUUGCACUGUUAACGAAGGAGGAAAUGGUACAACGAGAAAUCCUAACUCAUGGACUAACAGUGCUAGCAUGAUUUUCUUGGAUCAGCCAACUAAUUCAGGAUACUCUUAUGGUCCUAAUGUAACUACUACUACAGCCGCUGAAGAUGAUGUAUACGCAUUUUUACAAACCUUUUUCGACAAAUUCCCUCAAUAUUCUAAGUUAAAAUUCCAUAUUGCUGGUGAAUCGUAUGGAGGACAUUACGUACCCGUCUUAGCCUCAAAUAUCAAAACGAAAAAUUCUAAUAUCAAUCUUGAAUCCAUUUUGAUUGCAAAUGGCCUAGUAAACCCUCUAAUACAAUUCAAAUCUUUACCAGAUAUUGCUUGUAAUAAUCCACCUUAUCAACCAGUGUUAGAUAAUGCCACAUGUGCUCAGAUGACAGCGGAUUUUCCUAAAUGUGCUAGUGCAACACAAACAUGUUACAAUACAAAAAGUCCUCAAGAUUGCAUAAAUGCUUUUAGCAUAUGUUUUAGUACAAUGAUUGAUCCUCUUACAAAUGCUGGUUUUGAUGAAUUGGAUAUAAGAAAAAAAUGCAGUAAUUCUGAUUGCUUUCCAGGAUUCCCGGAUAUCGAGAAAUAUUCCAAUAGUUCAGCUGUUAAAACUGCAUUGGGGGUUGAUCCUUUGUUUGACUUUGAACUAUGUAACCGUGGUAUUAAUGACACCUUCGUUUACUCGGGUGAUUGUUACAUUCCACCACUCUUGGAAAACAAUGUUCGAGUAUUAGUAUAUGCAGGUGAUGCUGACUAUCUUUGUAGUUGGCUUGGUAACGACGCAUGGACAAAAGAACUUGAUUGGUCUGGUAAAGCAGGUUUUAACAAUGCUAGUUUUACUCAAUGGAUAACAAAUAAUGGUACUUACGCUGGAGAUGUUAGAACAUUCGGUGGAUUAACAUUCCUAAAAGUUUUCAAUGCCGCACAUAUGGUAGCUCAUGAUCAGCCAGAGGCAAGCUUAGAUUUCUUUUCUAAAUGGAUAUUAAAUAAACCUUUGUAA